AUAGUUUUGAAUUGUUGCUGCUUUAAUUUGACAAAGGAAAGUGUUAACUGGACGAUUUAAUAAAUUCAGUAAUAGCUUUAACAUUACAGGAAAUUACGCUCUGCUCAAAGUAGUUCCGUUACUCUAUCCAUCUAAUAGAGCACCGUUUCAUGCCCAUUUAUCGCAGCUAAUGAGGCUUCUGAAGAAUCCUGAUAUUGAAGACAAGGAACAACUAGCAGUACUAAAAUUUGCUAAAUUAGUCGCGAGUUACGAGCCAAAUGUAGGUGCAGAAAAUUUUAAAAAUUAUUCUUGGCUGGGCUACUUUCGCGGGAUUACAUUUAAAAGUCUAAUUGUUAGCUAUCUGGGCGAACUCGAUUCCUUGUUGCAUUUCUCUUCCACCCAAUUAGCUGUUUUAUACAUAUAUCGAACGUUGAUUGCAAAAAAUAACACACGUUCGUUGGUACCACGUAUUGAAGCACUUCAAACUGCUGCGUUUUUUCUAAUUUCCAACGGCACUUCAGAAUUUUUGAUGUUUGUACUCCUACCUUUGAAAAAAUUUUUUAGAGGAGCUGAGUGUGACAGAAGUCUUUCGAUGAUUGCUCAAGUGGUAGGUAGCAUUGGCAAAAGCGAACAGUAUAAAGCAAAGGAUGUUGUUGAGAUCUUGAUAAUGAUAUGUAAACGACUUUCUGAAUCACUACCUGUAGCUCUAAAAGAAGUUGAAGGUUCUAUUCAACUUUUUAAUUUGCUAUAUAAAUCUUUAUGUCUUGCCGAAGUAACUCCUGACGCUGUGCAUCCUCAUCUUCCUUUCAUCGACUCCUUGCCAGAAGCACGUCCAGCUGUGGCUUCUACGUGUCUUCGUAUUCAUUCGAUCAUCAGUAGUGAUGGUCCUAUUUGUAAAGAUAAAAUAUACUCGUCCCCUAACGAUGCUAUUACUAUAGUAACUACUGAAGUUUUUCAUAAAUUCUUCACUCAAUUUUUCAGUGAUAUUCGAACUACUGUUGAUGUCGGUGAUUCGACAAAAAAUUCUGCUAGUGAGCUUGAUAAAAACACAGAAAAUUUGGCUUUUCUUUACAACAUAACGAAGACACGUUCAUCCUUGUCCACUAAUUCGGUUCCUGGUGUUAAUUCUCACGGCGAUAAUAUGGCUGGUGCUGAAUCCACGUCUCGUGGAUCACCUGUUUCAAACGUUUCUUCGCAUAUUCAUGUUUCAAGACGGUCAGAUGGUCCUAUUUAUAUCCCUUUACCGAAAUCACCUCAUCAACCGAAUAAAAGCAGUAGCAACUAUGCCCCUUCGACAAAUUCUGUAAAUUACUUUGCAAAUUGUAAGGGUACUCGUGUUAUGGCACAUAAAAUUUCUCGACCACAACCUUGGGUUCCACCUUCAACGGCUGGCACUGUUUUUGAAACUACUUUUCCACCUACGUGCGACCCUCCUACCACAAAAGUUGCAACGGGAAGUAGGAGUAAUGUAGAAGUCAUUGAAGGUGAAGGGACGAUGUUAAUACCAAGUUGUUCUGGUGCUCUUUGUAGCAGCACAAGUGGACCUAUUGAGCCAGAAAAAAAAGAUCUUGUAAGCAGCUAUGUUGAGAGAAGGCAAGACGAAAUCAAGAAUUAUAUUGCAGAGCAUUUGAAAUCUUAUCCAAUACCAGUGCAGUGCACAGUAGAGGGCAGCAAAGGCUCAAAGUCUCGGAUGCGUGUUCAUUUUCGCUGUCAAAUGAAUGGCCCACAUUGCGAAUUCAAUUCUGAAAAUUUAUUUGCGUUUAAGACCCGUGUUGCAUCUAUAUGGUUACAUCUCAUGUUCCUUCAAAUGGAAGCUACGAGUCUUGAAACGACUGGAGAGGUUAUUCCGCAAGCUUCAAAAGCUUUCCAAACUCUUUCUAAAUGCUGGUCUUGCCUUUCGUCGACGCUUACCAGAGGCCGACACUUCACUACACUUGUCACUUCAAAAUUCCCGCUUCUGAAAGAACAGCAACAGAUUUACAAGGAAUUGCAAGACGCUCAUUAUUUUGACUCCUUUACUUACAACCCUCAGGAACAGAAGUGGUGCUGUUAUAGCUGUAACCAUCCUGAAAGAGUUAGGUCGCUUUUAAGACCUAAUUCUCCCAACAUUCCAGUCCUCGAGGGUCAGCUGAAAGAAAAACGUGGGCGGUGGAAGUUUUUAAGGCGGUGGCAUACUAAAUAUUUUACGUUAUCCAGUGCAGCACUUACGUGUCGAGAUCGAGAAAUUAGUGCUAAAGAUAAAGUGCUGUAUCCCUCAAUUGACCUACGAAAAGUUCGCUCUGUCAAAUCACUGAGCAAAGGGCGGAAAAGCAGAAAGUCUUUGCCAAAAGCCUUUGAAAUAUUUACCGAUGACCACAUUUCGUACAUCUUGAAGGCUCGAGACCAAAAUCAGGCCCAGGAGUGGUUUCAAAGUAUUCAGAUUGCUGUUGCACAAGCACAUAAAGAAGGGCAGCCAACUUAUGCGUUGUAA